ACAGCAGUGACGUCACCUGGGGGCCAUGGCGGCAGGGCCGGUGCUGGCGCUGUUGCUGCUGCUGCCCGCGGGCGGCGGGGGGGUGCCGGGCGGGCCCGGGAGCGACGCCCCCAGCAAAGCACCACCUCCGGACAUCACCGCGCCGUGGGACUCUGCCUACGAAGAGCUGUGCGCCGCCCCCCCCCUCACCGGGCCGUGCCGCGCCGCGUUCCACCGUUGGUUCUACAGCCCCCAACACCGCCAAUGUCGGCCCUUCAUCUACGGCGGCUGCCGCGGGAACCGCAACAACUACCGCGACAGGGAGGAGUGUCUGCAGCGCUGCGGGGGGGGUGACGGCAGCAGCUGGCACCCCACAGCUGUGCUGCUGGCUGUGCUGCUGCUGGCUGUGCUGCUGCUGGCGCUGCUGGCGCUGCUGCUGACCCGUCCCGCUGCCACACAACGCUGCCACCGCCGGAGCCGCGGCGCCGACAAGGAGAGGCUGAUGGGCAGCGAGGCCUGAACCCCAAAACGCCCCUCCUUACCCCACAAAAGGGGGGCCGCUGCCCCAAACGGGGCUCUCCUGGCCCCAAAAGGCACCUUUUCGGCUUCUUUCUACCCCCAAAUGCCGCUUUUCUACGCCAAAAUGUGACAUUUCCGCCCCAAAAUGUGACGUUUUCACCCCAAAAUGCCACUUUUCCAUCCCAAAAUGUGACAUUUUCUCCCCCCAAAUGGAGCUUUUCUAACCCAAAAUGGGGCAUUUUAACUCUAAAUGGGGCUUUUCUCCCCCCAAAUUGACCGUUUCUAUCCCAAAAUUGAUGGUUUUCCCCCCAAAAUGAGGCUUUUCUCCCCCAAAAUGAGCUUUUCACACCCAGAAUUGACCAUUUCUACCCCAAAACGGUGCUUUUCUCCCCCAAAAUCGAGCCUUUCUGUCCCAAAAUUGAGCUUUUCUAACCCAAAAUGGGACAUUUUAACCCCAAAUGGGGCUUUUCUCCCCCCCCAAAUGCCCUUUUUCCCCCCCAAAAUGGGCCUUCCCCCCCCCAGGGCUCUGUACUGAUUGUCCCCGGGGGGGGAACCAAUGAGAUUCGCGGUGCUUUUGCACCCAUUGGGGCUUUUUAAUGAGCAGUAAUUAAUUAAGGGGUUCCUGGGAGGCUUUUUUUGUACACUUUUAAAGGGAUUUUUGGAAUAAAGGGAAACGUGAAAACCC